AAAAAGGGUCACGCCCACGCGCAACUCCGACCUCAACCAAGAUGGGCGUGGGCGGGAGAAGCCUGAAGACCAGGCGGAGGACCAUCGCCACGGUCUUCGGUCUGACGGCGUUCGUGGCUGUGACCGUGGCCGGGAUCCUGAUACAUGACACGUACGUGAUUCCUCCCCAUGCCAACGCCACGUGUCCGUUCCCUGUGAAAGCGGGCGCCAACGAGAGCCAAUGCCUUCAGGUGGGCUGCAUCUGGGCCCCGCGGAGUGACGCCCCCAGCUGCUACUUCCCUUCUGCGUCGUCCCAUGGAUACACCAUCUCCGACGCCUUUCCUGACGCCGGCGCAGAAGGAGGGGAUGGAGGCACAGAAGCGGGAAAGACUAGUGAAGGAAUCACGAAGUACACGCUUAAGUUGAAACCGUCUUCCGCUCAGGUGGUGGAGAACAUGAAGGAGACGCUGCAGGCGGAGGUCAUCGAGUACGCGGAUCAUCUCUUCAGGAUUAAGGUGACAGUACCGGGAGAGCAGCGCUACGAGGUCCCGGUGCCCCUUGACCUCCCCGCCCCCUCCUCUCCCCCUUCCCCCCUGUACAAGGUCAGCCUCGAGCAAUCAGGCAACUUCAUCAUCAAGGUCACCAGGAACGACACCAACAAGGUCAUCUUCGACACCAGCAUCGGGGGAUUCACUUACGCCGAGCAGUUCCUUCAAGUGUCAACCGGCCUGCCCUCGAACAACCUGUACGGCCUCGGGGAGCAUGCGCACGAGUCCUUCAGGCACGACCUCGCUUACAAGACGUGGCCCAUGUUCGCGAGGGAUCAGCCGCCUGGCAGUGCUGGCGAGAAUUUGUACGGUGUCCAUCCAAUGUACGUGGUUGUCGAGGAGGAUGGAUCGAGCCACGCUGUCCUCUGGCUCAACAGCAAUGCUAUGGAGGCAGAGACGAUGCCCUUACCUGGCCUGACCUUACGCUCCAUCGGGGGCAUAAUUGACCUGUUUUUCUUCCUCGGUCCGAGCCCUGAGCAGGUGGUGGCGCAAUACACGAGCGUGAUUGGUCGCCCGUUCCUGCCUCCCUAUUGGUCACUUGGAUUCCAACUUUGCAGAUAUGGUUAUAAUUCUCUUGAAAAUCUAACAUCGGCUGUGUCUCGUACUCGGCGCCACGGAAUUCCUCAGGACGUCCAAUAUGCUGACAUCGACCACAUGGAUCGACGUCUUGACUUCACGUACGACAAAGAGAACUUCGCCGGACUUCCCGAGUACAUCCGCCAGGUCAAGAGCGACGGACUUCGGUUCAUUAUCAUUCUCGAUCCUGCCAUCAAUGCUGAGUUGCCAGCGGGAGAAUACCCUGUGCACGAAGCAGGCAUAGCCAAUGACGUAUACAUCACGUGGCCGGAAGGUCAGGCCCCGGAUGAGAAUUUCGGGGCUGGUGACGUCAUGCUGGGAUACGUGUGGCCAGACAACAGAACCGCUUUCCCUGAUUUCUUCCGAGAGAAAACGAAGGAAUGGUGGAAGGAACAGAUCGUCGACUUCCACAAAAUACUGGAAUUUGAUGGACUGUGGAUC